AAUGGGCACGGGGCCUGAUGCCGCUUCCGGCCCACCCUCUUGUCCGGGCCCCGGGAUGGCCGGUCGGCUCCUCCCGGACGCCGAGGACCCACCACCGCGACUCCGCCCCGCCCGGCGCGGGCCCAGGACCCCGAUGUCGCUUUUGAACAGCCCCUGCACCUUGCAGCCAGCGAGCUACUGUAGUGGGCAUUGCCGACUCUGUUUGCAUUACCGGAUGGGAGUGACAGUGUAAUAGAAAAACAAGCAAGAAACCUUUUAGGUAGGACUCCUAAGGCUCAGAGGAAGUUACCUCCAGCCGCUGCCAUGCCCAACUCAGUGCUGUGGGCGGUGGACCUCUUCGGGAGAGUGUACACGCUGUCCACAGCAGGCCAGUACUGGGAGUUGUGCAAGGACUCCCAGCUGGAGUUCAAGCGUGUCAGCGCCACCACGCAGUGCUGCUGGGGCAUUGCCUGUGACAACCAGGUCUAUGUGUACGUGUGUGCCAGUGAUGUCCCCAUCCGCCGCCGAGAGGAGGCCUACGAGAAUCAGCGCUGGAAUCCUGUGGGCGGCUUCUGUGAGAAGCUCCUGCUGAGUGACCGCUGGGCGUGGAGUGACGUGAGUGGGCUCCAGCACCGGCCACUGGACGGGGUGGCACUGCCCUCACCGCACUGGGAGUGGGAGUCUGACUGGUACGUGGAUGAGAAUUUUGGAGGCGAACCCACUGAGAAAGGGGGGUGGACGUACGCCAUCGACUUUCCUGCCACCUACACGAAAGACAAGAAGUGGAAUUCUUGUGUGCGGCGCCGGAAGUGGAUCCGGUACAGAAGAUACAAGUCCCGGGACAUCUGGGCCAAGAUCCCCUCGAAGGAUGACCCCAAGGAGCUGCCCGACCCCUUCAACGAUCUCUCUGUAGGGGGUUGGGAGAUCACUGAGGAGCCCGUGGGCCGCCUGUCAGUGUGGGCUGUGUCUCUGCAGGGCAAGGUGUGGUACAGAGAGGACGUCAGCCACUCCAACCCCGAAGGGUCCUCCUGGUCCCUGCUGGACACCCCCGGGGAGGUGGUUCAGAUCAGCUGUGGGCCCCACGACCUCCUGUGGGCCACACUCUGGGAGGGGCAGGCCCUGGUCCGGGAAGGAAUCAACAGGAACAAUCCCAAAGGAAGUUCCUGGUCCAUCGUGGAGUCUCCUGGAUCUGAAAACGGGGUCAUGCAUGUCUCGGUGGGAGUCAGCGUGGUCUGGGCUGUCACCAAGGACUGGAAGGUGUGGUUCCGAAGAGGUGUCAACUCUCACAAUCCCUGCGGCACCAGCUGGAUUGAGAUGGUUGGUGAGAUGACGAUGGUGAACGUGGGAAUGAACGACCAGGUGUGGGGCAUUGGCUGUGAGGACCGAGCCGUGUACUUCCGGCAGGGUGUCACCCCCAGUGAGCUCAGCGGGAAGACCUGGAAGGCCAUUGUCGCGGCCCGAGAGUGUGACCGGUCAUACUCUGGCAGCUCGUCUAGUCUCCUCAGUGCCGGCUGCUUCUUCGGUGACGAGGUGAGGGGUAGUGGCGAGUCUGCCCCCAGUGACACCGAUGCUUCCUCGGAAGUCGAGAGACCGGGGCCUGGCCAGCCUCUCCCUGCAGAGCCUCUAGACGAUUUCAAGAAUGCCGCGGGGAACUCAGCCUCAGGCCCAGGGGCUGGCAGGACCGCAGAAGAUACCGUGGAGGAUGCCUGCCCAGCCGAGGGCAGCAGGGAGGCCAGACCCAACACACACCCCGGCCCGGCCCCCACCCCUGCUGAGCUGCCCUGGACCAAUAUUGACCUCAAGGAGCCCAAGAAAGUGCCCAGCCACUCGGCCGCUGGCUUCCCCGAGACCACCAGCCUCUCCUCGCUGGGGCUCCUCCCGCUGGGCUUGGAGGAGCCUUAUGGGGUGGAUGACCACCCGCUGUGGGCCUGGGUGUCAGGAGGCGGCUGCGUGGUGGAGGCAUGUGCCAUGCCCAGGUGGUUCACUGUCCAGGCGGGCCUGUCCUCCUCAGUACACAUGCUGUCCCUGUCCAUCACGCCGGCCCAGACCGCUGCCUGGAGGAAGCAGAUCUUCCAGCAGCUCACGGAAAGGACCAAGCGGGAGCUGGAGAACUUCAGACACUACGAGCAGGCCGUGGAGCAGUCGGUGUGGGUGAAGACCGGGGCGCUGCAGUGGUGGUGCGACUGGAAGCCCCACAAGUGGGUGGACGUGCGCGUGGCCCUGGAGCAGUUCACGGGGCACGACGGCGCCCGGGACAGCAUCCUCUUCAUCUACUACGUGGUCCACGAGGAGAAGAAGUACAUCCACAUAUUCCUGAAUGAGGUGGUGGCGCUGGUCCCAGUGCUGAACGAGACCAAGCACUCCUUUGCCCUGUACACCCCCGAGCGGACACGGCAGAGGUGGCCGGUGCGUCUGGCUGCCACCACCGAGCAGGACAUGAAUGACUGGCUCGCCCUGCUCAGCCUGUCCUGCUGCGAGAGCCGGAAGGUGCAGGGCCGCCCGUCCCCGCAGGCCAUCUGGUCCAUCACUUGCAAGGGGGACAUCUUCGUGAGCGAGCCCAGCCCGGACCUGGAGGCCCACGAGCACCCCCUGCCCUGCGACCAGAUGUUCUGGCAGCAGAUGGGAGGCCACCUGCGGAUGGUGGAGGCCAACAGCCGGGGCGUGGUGUGGGGCAUCGGCUAUGACCACACGGCCUGGGUGUACACAGGUGGCUAUGGAGGCGGCUGCUUCCAAGCCUCCACCGAGGAUGGUCCCUGCCAGUACCCACUUCGAGCUGACGGCCUUGAAGGUUCCAGAGAGGCAGCGGCCAGGGUCCACUGGCAUGUCCGGCCCCUCAUUUUCAGGGCGUUAGGCCUGGCCAGCAGCACCAGUAACAUCUACACGCAGUCAGACGUGAAGUGUGUUCACAUCUAUGAGAACCAGCGCUGGAACCCCGUCACAGGCUACACCAGCAGGGGUCUGCCCACGGACCGGUACAUGUGGAGCGACGCCUCAGGGCUACAGGAGUGCACGAAGGCUGGCACGAAGCCCCCGUCCCUGCAGUGGGCCUGGGUUUCCGACUGGUUCGUGGAUUUCAGCGUUCCGGGGGGCACGGACCAGGAGGGGUGGCAGUAUGCCAGCGACUUCCCUGCCUCAUACCAUGGGUCCAAAACGAUGAAGGAUUUUGUGAGGAGGAGGUGCUGGGCCAGAAAAUGCAAGCUGGUGACCAGCGGGCCCUGGCUGGAGGUGCCCCCCAUUGCCCUCAGGGAUGUGUCCAUCAUCCCGGAGAGCCCGGGUGCCGAGGGGAGUGGGCACAGCAUUGCCCUCUGGGCCAUCAGCGACAAGGGGGAUGUGCUGUGCCGCCUGGGCGUGUCGGAGCUCAACCCUGCGGGCUCCUCCUGGCUGCACGUUGGCACCGACCAGCCCUUUGCCUCCAUCUCCAUUGGGGCCUGCUACCAGGUGUGGGCCGUGGCGAGGGACGGGUCCGCCUUCUACCGGGGCUCUGUGUACCCCUCUCAGCCAGCCGGUGACUGCUGGUACCACAUCCCGUCCCCUCCGAGACAGAGGCUGAAGCAGGUAUCCGUAGGGCAGACGUCGGUGUACGCCCUGGAUGAGAACGGAAACCUGUGGUAUCGCCAAGGGAUCACACCCAGCUACCCGCAGGGCUCCAGCUGGGAGCACGUGUCCAACAACGUGUGCCGAGUGUCCGUGGGGCCCCUGGACCAGGUCUGGGUGAUCGCCAACAAAGUGCAGGGCAGCCACAGCCUGAGCCGGGGGACAGUGUGUCAUCGCACGGGCGUGCAGCCUCACGAACCCAAGGGCCACGGCUGGGACUACGGCAUCGGGGGAGGCUGGGACCAUAUCUCUGUCCGGGCCAAUGCCACCAGGGCCCCCCGGAGCUCGUCCCAGGAGCAGGAGCUGAGUGCCCCACCAGAGGCCCAUGGCCCCGUCUGCUGCUGAGGCCCCCACACACACCUACAUGCAGGGACGGUGCCCAGUUUGGGGGAUCAAGGCUGAGCCAUUCUUGUGCUGGAGUGUGCACCAUGGGAGCGAUGUGGGCCAGGCAGACUCAGGAGGGAACCUGGCCCCAAGGCUGCGGCCACUUCAGAGGCACUGGCUGAGACGGCCCUGAAAUGUGAAGCUCUGCGGACGCUCCUGCACGUGUCCCCGUCUGCGAGGAGUCCCCGGGGUGUGGGGCAUGGGGUGGGGCUGCACCUCCCAGAGGCCCCUCCCACGCUUCCCUUCCCCUCUCCCUCCUGCCUUUCCAGGACUAGAACCCGGAACCUGGAGCCCUCCAGGAACGCCGGCCCUGGGGCAGCAGAGCCCAGGAUGGAGCCCUCCUGGGCCGGCAUCUCAGACAGCACCCGGGCCCCGCCACCCCUGACCAAAAGAGAUAGCCAUGGGGCUCAGGGCCUCUUUACCAUGUGCAGUGACCACUUCUCAGAGCAGGACUUGUAAAGAGGCUUUCAUUUCAAAAGUGAAGGAAGGAGGCCGGGCGCCGUGGCUCAUGCCUAUAAUCCUAGCACUUUGGGAGGCCAAGGUGGGCAGAUCACCUGAGGUCAAGAGUUUCAAACCAGACUGGCGAACAUGGUGAAACCCCAUCUCUACUAAAAAUACAAAAAAAAAAAAAAUUAGGCGUGUGGUGGAGGGCACCUGUAAUCCCAGCUACUCGGGAGGCUGAGGCAGGAGAAUCGUUUGAACCUGGG